CAGAGCACGAUCGCCCGACCCCCCGGCCCGAAGGUCUCCCACCCACCCACCCGGCGGCAUGACGGCGACAUCCAGGGCCCCGCGCCGCCCCCGCAUCCGCCCCCGCGGCCCGCCGCCGGCGCCGCCGACCCCGAUCCGCACGGCGCGCGGCGCGCGCUCCGCCGCCGCCGACGAGCGCGUCCUCGCCGAGUUCCUCGAGGCCUCCCUCCGCGUGCCCGACCUCGCCCUGCCCCCGCGCGCGCCGCGGAAGCGCUUCUUCAGCUUCCCGCCCGCGCCCCCUCCGCCGCGCGAGGUCCCGUCGCAGGCCCUCGCUUCGGGCGACGCGGACGCGGCGCUGCGGGCGGCGAGCGCUGCAGCGGAGUCCGGGGCGUUCGCCGUGGCCGGCGCGAUCGACGCCAGCGAGGUGCGGGAGGCCGUCGAGGCGUCGAGGGCGGUGUUCGCGGCGCCGGACGAGGUGAAGCGCGAGCAGCUGGCCAGAUGGUUCCGGAGGAAGGACGAUGAGCCGACCGCCGGCGGGGAGGAGUUCUGCUGGUUCCGGCCGGUGAGCCCCGACGAGGACCGCGCGCUGGGCGCCGCCUUGCCCGGCUCGACGUACCGGGUGUUCAGGGACAGGAUGGACACUGUUGCAUCGAGAAUGGAGAACGUUGCAAAAAAUGCCAUCAAGGUUCUAUCUGAUAAUGUCAAGAACCCUAAAGACUCUGCUCUGUUCACAGAAGCGCCGUCAAUCCUUCGCCUGACAUUGCAUAACAGCUGCAAGUCGAAAACAAGUUGGGAUGAGUUUGGCAGCACUGAUCCUCCAAACUCACACGCUUUGAACAUCCACCUCUCCGAACGAGAUCGACAGAUUUGUCUCCGGAACCAGGGCGGCUCGACCAUUUUCACUUCGCCUGCAGGCUCUAUGCUUGUCACAAUCGGCAAGCAGGUUCAGGAAUGGUCCAAUGGGCAGUUCAGGACCGCUGUUGGCGAGGUACUGUAUGAGAUGACCGAUGAACCAGGCCCCUUCAUCUCCCUGGAACUCGUGUACUCUCCAGACGACCUGCAUCUUUCUGAGGUUGGCCGGCAGGCCAGGUGCAUUGACCGUCCGAAGGCCAUCUCUUUUAGGGACCAGAUACUGGUUGUUCUGAUCCUGCUGUUUCUGUUCUACGUCUUCUGGCGCUGAGUGCAUCCGGCGUCCCUUAGCAAAUGCCCGAGAUAGCUAAGUUUUACAGAACAGCUUUCUUGGCCCUAACUGCCUGCCCUUCUCCAUGGGUUGAUUGUGGAGAUUGGGGAAACACUGCAUGGACUGCGGUGAUCACAGGUGGUUUCAGUGUUUUGUUUGAUUCGUCUUCCUUUUCUUCUUUUUUUUUCCUUGAAGAACCUUAAAAAAUGCCAGGGAGUUCCUGAGGUUCACUAUAGAAAAAAGAGUUGGUCUGGUUUAUAAGGAAAACUGGAUCCGUUCCUUUUCCUCGAGGAAUGAAACAUACACAAUAAAAUCUAGCAAAUACUGCUUUUAGAUCAUCCCAUUUGAGGGAAAUGUUAGGGGAUUGGUUGUUUUUCUGUUUGAGGAUGUUGCCCUUGCGAUUGAGGUUGUACAUGCUGCUUUUGAAUUUUGAUACAUUUGGAGCAGAGUUUGGCUUCCCUUCGGUACUGAAUUAUGGAUGCAAUAGUAUAGGGGUUUGCUCUUGUGGGCUGCGGCCUGGAUCUGGGGAGGUGUUGCCUUGUAAAUUUGUAAUGUUAAAGCCAUUAGCUGUGUUGGGUUGUAUAGCUGAAAAGAUGCUUGUGAUUAUUUUUCAGUGAAUAAAGAAAUCUUGUAUUCACACUAAA